ACGAGCGUGAGUCAUACCGGAGUUAAUGCACAAUGCGUAGAACUGGUGUCUGCUGAUUCCUCUGAGCAAAUAUAUGGCGCCGUUCAAUGCGCUGACGUCGUACCCAGGCAAAGGGCCAUAGAACUAGAGAAUUAAUCUAACAUUAGGAACGGGUACUUAGCACCACCGUCAGCGCAGUGGCAUAUCAUUCCGCCGCGACUAGACAUCAGAUAAUAAUCAUGGCGUUGAUGUGGCUCAUUGUACGCACACUGUUUGCAUCCAUUUCCUUCUCACUAGCCUACGCAGAAACCUGCUGGGGUCCAGGACUAUCGUCCAAAACUUGUUUCGACGACUAUUAUUGCUGCCAUGAAUACACGUACGACUACGACUGUUGCUAUGACUACUUCCAGUUGAGUGUCGGCGCCAUAGUUGGCAUCGUCAUCGGAUCGCUGAUUUUCCUCGGCAUCAUUAUUGCUGUAAUCGUCGCACUGUGCUGCUGUUGUUGUGCGGCUGCCAACUCUGGAAAUAGAGGGCGCCCCACAACUGUAACCCAUGUUCAGGGCGGGGUACCCAUGACUACAACUGUUCAGUCCUACCCGCAAGGUCAGCAAGCCCAGCACGUUCAACAGUUCCCAGCUGGCCAACCUGCCUACAAAGGUCAGGAGCCGUACCCCGGACAGCUGCAGGCGUACCAAGGACAACAAGUUUAUCCCGGUCAAAACUACCCACCGACCGCCUACGGCCAGCCCCCUGCCGGCCAGUACCCACCGUAUUCAGCCCCGCCUGGCCAGAAUCCACUGCCACCUCAAGCUGCUCCCGGAGUAGUGACCGGGGCUUUCCCGUCCGAACCCCCACCGCAGUAUGAGGACCCGAAAGGCAAUUAGCCAAUGCAUAACCCACUGAUCUGCUCAGGUUUUCAAAGAAGACCCAGAGCCUGCACCGACCCCAUCCAAAACCAACUUUAGUUGGCAUCUCUUCGAAUCCGAGUUGACAUCUUUAAAGUCAGAUAAAACCGAAAUCAGUCAUAAAUACCUUAUCAGUUCUACACAAAUGAAAACAUUACAUGUAUGCUAUGGUGUGUUAGAAAUAACACACUGUAAUUAAAGUUACUGAUCCAGCUCGUCUUUGGCCCACAUCAAUGAAGUUACAAGUCGGUCUUGGCCUGGUCCACCUGACCAGGUGUACCAGUCAAUUUCUGACAUGUGCCAACAUUUCCAAGUGUAAGUUUAGUUUGUACCGUUCUUUUGCAUUGCGCAACUCGUAACUGUUUGUUCUCAAUUCUUUGUAGGCCUUUCAACUGCUGCAGCUGUUUUUGUCUCGUCGCAACUCAAUUUGACAUUCACGAGCAAAGGUUAGAUAAACUUGUGUAUAAAGAAACUACAGGUCAUAUUGACUGGAAGUCGGAAUCCGGAUUUGCUCUUUCCAUAAUUUCCCGUUAAAAAAACCUGUGUUUGUUUCUCAGAGGACUUUUCCCCUGCCGCUGAUUUACAUCCAGAAAAAUGUAUUUACCAGGAUCAUAGAGCAGAUCUUGAUCCAGAUCCUAACGGUCGGUCGGAUCCGGCAGUGCUUUAAAAUUGCUGUAACUUGUCUAUUGUAUUUACCCAGAUCUGAAAUAUCCAGUGCCCGAAUUCUGAAAUCUUCGUUACUUAUACUUUAUCAGAUGAUAAACUUUAAUUAUUUAAGCCAUUUAAUGGAAACUAUACCAAAGGUGUUUUCUUGGGGAUUUAGUCAGUAUGAAUUAGUAAAGAAAUUCCAAGUGAACGAUGUGUAUUGUUUCAUUUAAGUUCAUUCUGACUAGCAUUUUGCUCGACAUUAGAGUUUAUAAAUAUAUUAAAAGUUCGUCAGACGUGUUUUUCUGGGUAGUUGCAUGUUCCUGUAUAGGUGGGUGCAUUUUCCCAGACCUUCUGUUAGGCUUGGUUUGUACAAAUUAAUUUACUAAGUAUCAAUGCAAUCUUAAUUGUUUGAACUUCUUAUUCUUAGUCUGGCCAUAUUAUUAUUCUUUUGUGUUUAAUUAAAAUCACCAUUGCAGCCAAAACAUUUGCAUUUCACAUUAUACAAACAAAUCACCUCAAAUAUAUUAACACCAAAAUAGACAAAGUUGUAAAACUAUUAAUACAGACAGAGAUAAAAAGAAAAUACUUAAAAUUAGGUCCCAUUCAUGCGCCCAAUCUCAUGAAUAGUACCACACUAUCGAUCGCGAUGAACUGUUUUAUAUUGCUUUGCUCUGUAUAUAUUUUGUUUUAAAUGGGUUACUGUUUCUUAGUCCCAUAGGUGUAAUUUCAAGGUUAUAUGGAGGACAAAAUUGGGAAGACUGAACAGGUGAUUGAUCGAACUUAAGAUAAAGACUAUUGCUUCUGUCACGUUUUUAGUUAGGCUUAACUUUCAAGCAUCUUGCUAAGAUUGUUACUGAAAUGCUAAUAAUAUACCCGCUUCUAAACCCUCUCAAUUGAGUUUAUCUGACAUCGACAAACAUAUGUAAAUCAAAGGGAACGUGUUGUCAUAACGUAGUCCAUACUGAUAAUCCCCCUUUUGACUGUAUGUUUUUGUUCACAUUUCCAACUGCCUGCGUGAGGACACCCAGCAACUUCACCAACUUCCCUAUUAUAGUUAAUGUGUGAAUUUCUUCUUGCUAUUAAAAUCAGCGAUUAUUAAUUUUGGUUCCUGUACCAUUAGCGACA